AAAAAAAAGUUAUUAAUUCAGGGAUCCAUGCAGAGACUUAGUUUUGUUAGUUCGUCCACCGGAUAUAGUUCCGCCAGAAGCAGCCUUCGAAGUUCAGAAAUUGGAGAGGAAUCUUUUCUUUCAAAGUCUAACGAUUUUACCAUCGAACGUGAAUCAUUGCUUUCUGAAGCUCGUCGAUUGAAGCUAAUAAAGAAGUCAAACAUAUCACAGUUAGAUCGGAUAGCCAUGGAGCUGCUGGAAACAGAAAGAUGUUAUGUUAAUGACUUGAGCGAUAUUAUACAGGGAUAUUUGAAUUUUUUUAUUGGCCAUAGGGAACAGUUUCAAAUGACUGUUGAUGACGUUUCAAAUACGUUUGGAUGUAUCGAAAGAAUUUACCUUUUUAACAAACGUUUGUUUUACCAGUUGGAUAGGGCGCUGCUUAAUAUUGUUCAAAUGGCUAAGUGUUUUGUGGAAAAUAUCGAGGGAUUCAAGGACUAUGUUACUUACUGUGCUAACUACCAAAAGAUGGUGGAUACCUUAUCUGCAUUAAUGAAGAACGAUACCGUUCGAGAGUGCUUAUCGGCUAGGCAAACUUUGCUAGGCCAUUCCCUUAACUUGAGCGCAUACUUGUUGAAGCCAGUUCAACGAGUUUUGAAGUAUCAUUUGUUUAUGGAGAACAUACUGAAACAAUCUGCCGAAACCCGUAACCUUUCUGAUGCUGAUCUCGCGACUGUCAAAAAAGCCCUGCAGUGCCUGAAUUCGCUAGCAGACAAGAUCAAUGAAGAGAAGAAAAGAGUGGAACAUUGGGAGCGAGUUCGUGAGCUACAAUCUGCUCUUCACAGCUGGACUUUGGACAAACGAAACGACUUGUUUAAAUAUGGCGAUUUGAUUCUUGAAGGAAGCUUUAAGUUGGCUGGCUCUAAAACAACUAGGCAACUAUUCCUUUUUGAAGAGAUGCUUUUGAUUGUUAAAGAAAGGAAUGGUGCGCUGAUAUGCAAGGAUUAUAUCAUGUGCUCAAGCAUCAUGUUAAAAGAGUCUAUGGGAUCGAACACUUUGGCCUUCCAGGUUUUGUCGCAUGACAAUCCAAAAAUCCAAUAUAUUUUUGUUGCUUCAAACGUAGAGGAGAAGAGAAAGUGGAUGAAGGAACUGAAAAGGAUGAUGCUAGAUCACUAUGAUGUACAUAUACCAGAAAAAGCUAAGUUACUAAUGCUUAAUGGCGAUACUAGCAAUUACAAGCAGAUGCCAAUAUCUGGUGUUUCAGGUGAGUUUCUUUCGAAAGAGAAAAAGGUACCGAAAUAUUUGGAAAAGAAAAGAAAGUUAAGUGAUAUGGGGAGUUCAAAAACAGGAUCGCAUAAAGAUUUGGUACCUUCAACUAAACAUGUAAUUAUUUUUAAAAAGUUCUAUAGGAUUUGUCAGUAUUCGUUGCUUUACCAAUUCACAUUGUCAAAAAUUAUUGUUGCUUUGUUCAGUGUCAUACCGACGAUGUAA